GCCACUUCCGCUUCCUCUCCCCUCACGCUGCUCCCUCACGAAAUGGCGGCGGCCGAGUCGUUCCUCGCCUUUAACCCCGCGGCUCGGUCCGGCCUCUCCGCUGGCUCCCGGCGCCGCUCCCGCGGUCCCCGCAACCGCAAAAAGGGCUGGAAGCGCUGGAGCGGCCCCGAGGCGCAGCUGGGCCGGGAAAUCGGCGAUUUCCUGGAGGAUGUGGGGCUGCAGGAGCGAGCGGCGGGGGGUUUGAUCUCUGAGCAGCCCGACGAGGGUCUUUUCUUCCUGGACACGGGAAAAACCCGCAAAGGCCGGCGACCCAAGAAACCCCCACAGAAACCCCUGCACGUAGACCUGGUUCUUCAGCCCCUCUCCAAAGUGCCUCCCCCAAAAAAGUGAGUCUGGGGGUGCUUUUG